ACUGCUCAAGAGAAUAAAGAGGGACUCUUUAGGCACCUUUGUAAAUUUCCCGUUUUCCCAGGCGGGCGUGUUUUGCAAUCUAUCGGAGGAUAUGACUAACGUUGCCGGCGAUUCCAACGGAGACGGUCGUUCCACCGCCUUUGCCACCUCCGUCGCUCCCGCCGUUACCGAGAGUUCGCCUCCAGCUAAUCCUCCCGUCCGUGUCUACGCAGAUGGGAUCUACGAUCUGUUCCAUUUCGGUCACGCUCGAUCUCUCGAACAGGCUAAGAAAUCGUUUCCAAACACUUACCUUCUUGUUGGAUGUUGCAAUGACGAUACUACUCACAAGUACAAGGGAAAGACUGUAAUGAAUGAACAAGAGCGAUAUGAAUCUCUUCGUCAUUGCAAAUGGGUGGAUGAAGUUAUCCCUGAUGCACCAUGGGUGAUCAACCAAGAGUUUCUUGACAAGCACCGGAUUGCGUAUGUGGCUCACGAUGCUCUCCCGUAUGCUGAUGCCAGUGGAGCUGGAAAAGAUGUCUAUGAAUUCGUCAAAAAAGUUGGGAGGUUUAAGGAGACUAAGCGAACUGAAGGGAUAUCUACUUCGGAUAUAAUAAUGAGAAUAGUGAAAGAUUAUAACCAGUAUGUCAUGCGUAACCUUGAUAGGGGAUAUUCAAGGGAAGAUCUUGGAGUUAGCUUUGUGAAGGAAAAGAGACUAAGAGUUAAUAUGAGGCUGAAGAAGCUUCAGGAGAAGGUCAAAGAACAACAAGAGAAAGUUGGGGAAAAGAUCCAAACUGUGAAAAUGCUCCGUAAUGAGUGGGUGGAGAACGCAGAUCGUUGGGUAGCUGGAUUUCUUGAAAUGUUUGAAGAGGGCUGCCAUAAGAUGGGAACUGCCAUCAGAGACCGAAUCCAAGAGAAGUUAAUGCGACAAGAGUCAAAAGAAUUGCUCGAGAACGGUCAAAACGGUCAGCAUGAAGACACAGAUGAACAGUUUUAUGAAGAAUAUUUCGAGCAUGACAUUGUUGACAGCUACGAAGACGAUGAAGAAGAAGAGUACUAUGAUGAGAUUGAAGAGCAAACCAAUGCUGCAAAAGAUGCAAAGGCGAUAAAAAGCAACUAGAGGAACUAAGUUAUAUGUUAUUACUCAACAGGUUAUUAGUGCCUAGUGGUUAGUUGGUUACUACUAAUAUUCGUUCUUUUUAUGCCUUAGCAGUAAAAUGCUUCUCAAAUGACUUAGUUAGAGAGAAGAGAUUUUAAAAAAAAAAGGUUUGUGCGAUCUUUUAUAUUACACAGAUUCCUUUUGAUACCCCUUUUAUUAAUU